UUGAUAUCAGUGAAAUUAGGAUGCGACUAGGGAUUAUUUAAAUAAAUUAAUACCAAGUUUUGGAUUGCGCUAGUUUUGGAUUGCACUGAGUUUGAAUUAGGGUUGUUAGGUAAUUGAAUUGAUGUUAGGGAACGGAUAGGAAGUGUCGUUGCUUUUCAAGAUGGAUGACGACAAUCUCAAGAACUGUACUAGCCAACUACUGCCCGAACUGAGCGGCCUAAACAGCAGUGAGAUGUUGGAUGCUCUAGCGACCAUGUUGAAUUCGCAUCGCGACCGCGCCACGCUGAAAAUCAUGCUGCAUGACUGCCUUUAUCCGAACAAUUCGCAUCCCUACUUUUUGCCCUGGUGGCAGAAAGCCAUUUGGACCUCAUUGUUCGGCGCUAUGCUGCUCGUCUCAACCACCGGCAACACUACUGUCAUAUGGAUUGUUCUGGCACACAGACGCAUGCGCACAGUGACUAAUUACUUCCUGGUGAACCUGAGCGUCUCGGACUUGAUGAUGUCGCUGCUCAACUGUGUCUUCAAUUUCAUCUUCAUGUUGAACUCGCACUGGCCUUUUGGAUCGGUCUACUGCACCAUCAACAAUUUUGUCGCCAACGUCACAGUCGCCGCCUCUGUAUUCACACUGGUCGCCAUCACGCUCGAUAGAUACAUGGCGAUAAUGCGCCCACUCCGGCAUCGUAUGUCACGCCGUCGCGCCAGGCUGCUCAUUGCGGUGGUCUGGGCUUCGAGCUGUCUACUGGCUCUACCCUGUCUCCGAUACUCGCAGACCAUGACACGCAAGUACAGAAACGACAGUUCACGAACGGUUUGCUUCAUGGAAUGGCCAGACGGACAUUAUCCCCAUUCUGUAACUGAGCAUGUAUACAACAUAGUUUUCUUGAGCCUGACAUACGUGAUACCCGUGAUAGCAAUGGCGGUAUGCUACACAGUUAUGGGCCAGGAGCUAUGGGGAGGAUCCAUAGGGGAGCAGACUCAGAGACAGCUCGACUCCAUCAAAUCUAAGAGAAAGGUUGUACGGAUGUUCAGCAUAGUGAUCACAAUUUUCGCACUCUGCUGGCUGCCCUACCACGGCUACUUCAUCUACGCCUACCACGACAAGUCGGUCACUGAGAGCAAAUACGUGCAGCAUCUCUAUUUGGGCUUCUACUGGCUCGCCAUGUCUCAUGCCAUGGUCAACCCAAUCAUAUACUUCUGGAUGAACAACAGGUUCAGAGUCUACUUCAAAUAUGCUCUCUGCCGAUGCUGUUCCAACCAAUAUCCACAUGACUUGGAGCUCACCAAUGCUGACUGUAUCUCCAGGUCACGAUCAGGAGGAACGAAGCGUCAAAAGCACUUGCAGCACAAAAGACUGGAAGGCAAGAUGUCUCAUUUGAGUCUGAACGCGCAGGGUGGGGGAGCAGCUGCCAAUGAAAAUGCCACCUCAGCAGUUCUCAAGAGAACCGCCAACAGCAUCCACAUCAACAACUGCAACAACAGUAAUAACAAUAUUGACGUCAUCACACGGCAGAAUAGUUAGCAUUUAUCAGCUGCUGUUCCCACGGCAGCUAUCGCUUAUUAAUUUCAAUAAUCAUCGUCAUAAAUUAUCAUUAUUGAAAUGUCGGUGAACCAUCUCAGUAUUCAGGGUACACUCGAAUAGUGAGAGAAACGAUUAGAUAUUGUGAUAAUGUUUAUAGUGAGGUCCACGUUAUAAUGGCAGUAUUUCACUGAUAUUGGUCCUUUUCUAUCAUUCAACAAAGCAGAUAGCGCUAUCAAUUUCUAGCUCUGCGAUGUUGCCGGGCCGUUUCUCAAAAAUGUGAAGAUAUAGUUAUUCAACAGUAUAUUCAUUCAAAAUCAAAGGAAUCUAUCAUAUAAUCAUUGAAAAAUAUAAUUUCUUGACGAGUAAAAUGAUUUAUUUUAACAAUGAAGAACAGUUAAUAUUACAUCCGAUAUACCGUGAACAGAUUUCUUCUAUAGAAGAUUUCUUCAUAUAUCUUCUAUACGAUGGGAAUAUCUAUAUCAAUUAAAUAUUCUAUAUCAUAGAGAAACAAUAGCGUAAGUAGAUAUCCCAUGGUAUAGGGCGUUUAUGUCGUAACUUUUA